AUGUAUUCCUUCACCGUUUACAAAGGCAGCUCGGAUGGUCACAUCAAGAAAGACGUCACAAGGAAACCGGAGCUUACGGGCGAUCAAGUACUCGUCAAAAUCACUGCUUCCGGCCUUUGCGGCACCGAUGUCCACUACCGCGCCCAAGACAUGGUACUUGGGCACGAAGGCAUCGGUGUUGUAGAAGCAAUUGGCCCUGGAGUCCGCCAAUUAAAGAAGGGAGAUCGUGUGGGAUGGGGGUAUGAACAUGAUAGUUGUGGCCUCUGCGAGCUCUGUCAGUCCGGGCGCGAGACUUUCUGCCCUGGUCGUAGCAUGUAUGGAUUCGCCAACCACGACCAGGGUUCCUUCGCUUCAGGUGCCGUCUGGAAAGAGUCGUUCCUCUUCAAGAUUCCAGACGGUCUCACAGACGCGGAUGCUGCGCCGCUAAUGUGUGCCGGAGCAACCGUUUUCAGCGCCCUCACCAUGCUCGAAGAUACUUCAGUUGCCCGUGUUGGCGUGAUUGGAAUCGGCGGCCUGGGGCAUCUUGCAAUCCAGUUCGCGGCCAAGUUGGGCUGUGACGUUGCUGUCUUUAGUGGCACCGACUCCAAGAAAAGCGAAGCUAUGAAACUCGGCGCAAGGAGCUUUUACGCCACAAAAGACAAGGCGGCGCUUGAAAUUGGCAGCAAGAAGCUCGAUAUUUUGCUCGUUACCUCGAGCAUGCCGCCAGAGUGGAACCUUUACAUCCCACUUUUGAGCCCAGGCGCGACCGUUUUCCCCCUCACUAUCGCUAUGGGUGAUUUCAGCAUUCCCUACCAGGCACUUGUUUCGAUGGGUCUUCGCAUCCAGGGUGCCAUGGUCGCGUCUCGUGUCGUACAAAAGCAAAUGCUCGAGUUCGCCGCUCGCAACAACGUCAAACCGGUGGUUGAGAAGUUUCCCAUGUCUCGAGAAGGCAUCACGGAAGCCUUUGCAAAGCUAACCAAUGGACAAAUGCGCUACAGGGGGGUUCUAGUUCCUAAGAAUUGA